GACCGAGGUCUCUCUUCUCUCUCUCUCUCUCUCUCUCUGCGGAAACUUGAGCGGAACUUCCGCCGGCGGAGGAAGCAAUGCAGCAGUGAACCUCGCACCUGCUCCCGGAGUUCCUCUCGCAAUCUUCCUCACGGUCUCCAGAUGGAGCUGCUCCUGCUGCUCGUGUCUCUGUCGGCGCUCUGUGUUUCUGCGGAGCAGGAGGUGGAGAAUCUCUCCGGACUUUCACCGAAUCCCGACCGGGAUAUUUUCGUAGUGAGAGAAAACGGAACGACCUGCUUGAUGGCGGAGUUUGUGGUGAAAUUCCUGAUUCCCUACGACGUCCUGGCACUGAACGGGAUCGACCUGAUCACGGAGCAGGCGUCCGUGUCGAUCCCGCGUGGAGCUCAGAUCGCUGGGAGAUGUGGGAGCAGUGAGUCGGAGCUGCAGAUCUCGUGGAACAAUCACGCUUUCACAUUCCGCAUCUUCUUCUCAAAGGAGAAGCACACGAUGGGCAGUGAUGGAAAAGCUAAAGAAGCUGAAGUGUGGAAGAUAAACAAGGUCCAGCUGGUCUACAACACUUCAGAGGCGACACACUUCAUUAACGCUUACAAUCCGGGGAAACACACGGCCAGCACACACCACCUCUCCGCUCUGGUGACUCCGGCCGGACGCUCGUUCGUUUGCUCGGCUCAGCAGACGUUCACACUGAUCUCCAGCGACCAUCAGAAGGGAAUCACCGUCUCCAUCUACGACAUUCAGAUUCAACCCUUCGACAUCAAGAGCGACUUCGUCUUCAGUGAACCGUAUAAGUGCAUCACGGACGAGCGGGAGCAGCUGGAGCAGAUGCUGCCGCUGGUGUUGGGUCUCAUCCUGGGACUCAUCAUCGUCAUCACCAUCUCCGUCUAUCACUUCCACCUCAAACUGAGCGCCGCGCAGCAGCCGCAGCUUCCUCGAGACCGCUCGCUCUACAAGAACAUGUGAAGACCCCCUGUGCUCUCGCCGUGUGUCCCGUCUGUGAAGGGCCAGGCCUCUCAAAGCACCUCACUAGAACUCCUCUUUUCUUUCUGCCUUCUGUGUCAAAUGUAUGGAAGUCCGUUUCCACCACAGAAGGGAAAACUAUUUAAAAAGGUAAUUGUGUCUUUCUUCAAAAGGUAAACACUCAGAAUUGUGAGAAACUCAAAAAAAGGAAAAAAGCCAGAAUUGUGAGAUUAACAGCUAGUGGUAAUUACCUUUUAUGUCUUUUAUUUCAUAGUUGGAAAACAGAAUUGUUAGAUGUAAACUUAGAAUUCAGAGAAAAAAGUCAAAAUUGCAAAAUGUAAAUUUAGAAAUUGUAAAAAAAAAAAAAAAAAAAAUGAAUUGCGAGAUGUAAGCUUAAUUCUAAGGGGAAAACUGUCAUAAUUGCGAGAUGUAAACUUAGAAUUCAAAAAGUAAAAAAUGUAGAAUUGCUAGAUGUGAACUUUAAAUUCUGAGAAAAAAAUUCUGAAAUUGUGAGAUGUAACUAAAAUUAAACUCUGAGGACAAAAAGUCCGAAUUGUGAGAGAAAAGAUCAGAAUUCAGAGUUAAUAUCUUGCAGUUCUGACUUUUUUUCUCAGAAUGCUGAAUUUAUAUUGUGCAAUUCUGUUUAUAUCUCAUAACAUCAAGAAACAUUGUCCAAAUUGCGAGUUAAAAAGUUGAUAUUACCUUUAUUUAGUAAUUUUUGUGGUGGAGACAGGCUUUCAUACAGAAGUCUUGUCUGGAUGUGUUCUGUAACCGCUGCACUCAUCACGCGUGUCCUUUACCACACGGUUGUCUAUCACUGUCAGAUACAGAGAGAUUUAAAUUGCUUGAAGGAUACGAAUAAAGUACAAAUAUUUAUUGAUGAUUAUUUCAUGAUUAUUGCUUAUUUUGUGAUUAUUGAAUAUUUGAUGAUUUACUAAAUGUCCAUGUACUGAAGUGUGUGUGUGUGUGUGUGUGUUUCUUCAUUUACUCUCUCAUGGAUGUGAGGAGUUUUAGAAGAUCUUUGAGGUUUGAGGGUUUUGUUUUCCAGCUGAAAAAGGGAAAGUGAAGGUUUAGAUCCAUCAGAAUCAAACACGACACGGCGCUGAAUGGAAAAUCAAUAAGAAGCGGCCGGAGAGCAGUAACAUCCCUGGCAUUAAAGAUUUCCACAAAUGAGCUGCGCUCCUCAGCGAUCGAUGUCUGGAGUCUCUGGCGCUCAGGGGUUUAUUGAUCCUCGUCACCGGCGCUCGGUUAAAAACACUGCUUCUGCUGGGAUCAUAACUGCUCGUUCAUCACCUGUUCUUCAGGAUUUAUCUGACCACUCGCUCUCAGAGUUCUGCUCAGUCUCAUGUUCUGCUGUACGUGUGGCGUAUUUAUCAGUUUCUGCACACGAUUCUCACGCUGUGGCUCAGAUCUCAUUCCAGCAUGUUCAUAUUCAAAUGUGGUGCGUUAAUAAACUUUCGUUUUUUGUCGAA